AUGGCCUCCGCGCUUGAAUGCUGGUCCACCCGCGGUUCCGGCGGCUGCACCGACGACGAUUUCGUUGACGACCAAAUCCUCAUGUGCUCCGACGACAGGUCUGAGUCACUCACCGCUGCUUCUCGUUUCGAUCAGACCUCCUCCGGUAUGCAGAAACGGUUUCAGCGACUCGGUCGCAAUGUCUCCGACGCGAUCUCCUCUCUCAAAAACUCUCUGAGCCUCGAUUCGAUUCGGGACAAUGACCAGAAUGCAACCACCGGAGGAGGCAGGAAGCUCGUUUGGGCUACUGUUGUGAGAAACCUCGCUAAAAUGUACCCUGGAAGCCAAUUGCCUGAGAAACUCGUCUCUAAUCUCAGGAAACAUUACGAUUCUUUGCCUCUCAGUUACAGUCAGGCUGAUUUCGAUAUCAAAGAGGUAUGUGUACACAUAAAACUGAUUGAGCAAACUUGUGGAGAUGACAGUCCUGUGUUUGUGAUUGAAGAGGUGGUGUGUGAUGAGGAGGAAGCUCAGGGUUCUGUGUUGAAGCUCACAUUCGCUUGCACUUGUUUGCUUUCGUGGUCAACCAUUUCAGGAUCUCUUGAUACUGCUUUGAUUUGUUGUAAGAAAGUACAAAUCUUUGAGAAGAAAGGGUUGACUCUCGGAGUUGUUGUUCUUGUGGUUGAGUCCGGACAAGAAAAUAAUUUCAGAACUAAGGUAGAGAAUGCUCUUAAAUCUGCGGUGAGGAAGCCCAAGUCAACCUCUGUGAAGCUUCCUUUUGGUCUCUGCGGCUGUCAAGAACAUAAUGCCGGUGUUGGAGAAUUCGGGGAUCUUGAUGUAGAGUCUAUUGAUCAAUGCUGUAGACAAGAGUUGGAAAAUCCGAAUGCUAGGAUCCAGCUUCAAAUGCCACCCGCAAGAUCUUCGUUUUCUGUAUCAGUGGAUGAAUGGCAGACUAUCCAAUUGGGCGGCGAUGAUAUCAGGAAAUGGCUACUGUAUUCAGAUAAUCUCGAGUUUAGUGAUCAGGUAGGACCAAAUUCCUUUAAAGGAGUUUAUGGAGGAAAAAGGGUGGCCAUUGAGAAACUAAAAGGCUGUGAUAAGGGGAAUUCAUAUGAGUUUGAAAUCCGGAAAGAUUUCUUGGAGCUGAUGACUUGUGGACACAAGAGCAUUCUGCAGUUUUAUGGUGUCUGCAUCGAUGAAAAUCAUGGAUUAUGCAUAGUAACGAAACUGAUGCAAGGUGGAUCACUCCAUGAACUGGUGUUGAAGAAAAAGAAGCUUCAGACCAAGGAGAUAUUUCGAAUUGCUGUUGACAUCGCAGAAGGGAUGAAGUUCAUGAAUGAUCAUGGUGUUGCAUAUAGAGACCUUAACACGCACAGAAUACUAUUAGAUAAGCAAGGCAACGCCUGUUUGGGUGAUAUGGGAAUAGUCACCGCGUGCAAGAGUGUCAGGGAGGCCAUGGAGUACGAAACAGAUGGCUAUCGAUGGCUUGCACCCGAGAUGAUCGCGGGGGACCCGGAGAAGACAAGAGAGACUUGGAUGAGCAAUGCGUAUAGCUUUGGGAUGGUGCUUUGGGAGAUGGUGACAGGGGAGGAAGCGUAUGGAUCUUGCUCGCCAGUGCAGGCAGCGGUUGGGAUUGCAGCAUGCGGGUUAAGACCAGAGAUCCCAAAAGAUUGCCCACAAGUCCUCAGAUAUCUUAUGACCAAAUGCUGGAACAGUUGCCCCUCCACACGCCCUGACUUCUCUCAUAUCCUCUGCAUCUUGCUCCGUGCCAUCUCACGGUAA